AUGGCUCGUCGAUCCUCCCGUCUGGCACGCGCGACCGAGGUCGUGCCCAUGCCAGAGGUCGCAUACGCGCAGCCAGUACUCUCGGAAGAGCCGCAGCAGCUCCCACCGCCGCCGCCGCAACCCAACCCGGUGGCUAGCAUUGAGGUGAAGACAAAGUUUCCUGUCGCGCGUAUCAAGCGUAUCAUGCAAGCAGACGAGGAUGUCGGAAAGGUGGCACAGGUCACUCCUAUUGCUGUCUCGAAAGCCUUAGAACUCUUCAUGAUCUCUCUGGUCACCAAGGCGGCCAAAGAAGCUAGAGAUCGCAACUCCAAACGCGUGACCGCGUCGCAUCUGAAACAAGCGGUCGUCAAGGAUGAAGUUCUGGAUUUUCUGGCCGACAUAAUUGCCAAGGUUCCCGACCAACCUGCCGGUGGAAGGAAGCAUGAUGACGAUGGCAGCGACCAGAACGAGCAACCAAAACGAAAGCGAGGCGGGCGGCGGCCCAAGGAUGAUAGUGAUUAA